CAGUUAGGAGGAAGACACCACGGACAGACGAGGGCUUAUCAUCACUCGUCCCAGGGCUAGGAGUGAUGACAAUGUAUGGAUAUCAUUUCAAUCAGUGACGUUAGUCUGGCUAGUUACAAGCUAAGAUACAAUUUCCUCUUUUGAAUUUCUCCCAAAGUAACUGUUAGUCAUCAUCUAGAUAGAGUAAGCUCACGUUAACCUCAACAUAAACGUUAACGUUACAACCUAUGGGCAACGUCUAUUUCAGCUAGCUAUCCCUAGCUAUCUAGACUUUCUAGUUCAGACUGCCUGCCUGGGAUGAAGUAAUCCACAACUGUAAGACUGUCUGGCUAGCACCAAGGGGUUGCAGAUCACACCUCGAUGAAAUAAGGACAUUCUCGGGAUAAUACGGGCGACCAAAACAAGACUGGUGCUGGUGUUGCUCUCACUGAAAAACUGCUUUUCACUGCGUGCGCCGCAUGAGUCAUGCGGGUCUCUGAGCAGCUCUGAGGGUUUUGAGGCAGAGUGGGAAAAAUGGAGUCUUCUUCUGAGUCCCAGGGGGAACCUGAGAAAGCUCUGCAUCAUGCUGAGAUCAAAGAACCCCCUGGCUGCUCAGCUGCCUUAAUGCCUGGUGAUGAUGCGGCCCUUUUGACCCCGGGGAGGAUGAGUCAGCGCCAAGGAAAGGAGGCGGGCCUUCACACGCCCAAUCGAGACCUGCUCACAAGCCCCUCCCUCAGUCCUGGGGUCAGCUACAGCCAUGGGUUCGAUCGGGGGAAGGACGACACGCCUCUGAAAGAGGACAGUCAAUCCAUAUCCAAGAGCAAGUCUGAAUCGAAGCUCUACAACGGGUCAGACAAAGAUGUCUCUACGUCAGGGAGCAAGCUCACAAAGAAGGAAUCUCUCAAGGUUCAGAAGAAGAACUACCGGGAGGAGAAGAAGCGUGCCACCAAGGAGCUCCUCAGCACCAUCACUGACCCCUCCGUCAUCGUCUUGGCCGACUGGCUCAAGAUCCGUGGCACCCUGAAGAGCUGGACCAAGCUGUGGUGCGUGCUGAAACCCGGGGUGCUGCUCAUCUACAAGACGCACAAGAACGGCCAGUGGGUGGGCACGGUGCUGCUCAACGCCUGCGAGCUCAUCGAGCGGCCCUCCAAGAAGGACGGCUUCUGCUUCAAGCUCUUCCACCCCCUCGAGCAGUCCAUCUGGGCCGUUAAGGGACCCAAAGGGGAGGCGGUGGGCUCCAUCACACAGCCACUGCCCAGCAGUCACCUCAUAUUCCGUGCUGCCUCCGAAUCUGACGGUCGGUGUUGGAUGGAUGCUCUGGAGCUGGCUCUGAAGUGUUCGAGUCUUCUGAAGCGCACCAUGAUCCGUGAGGGCAAGGAGGAGAUGGCCCCAGCCACGGAGCACUCACACAUCAACUUCUACAGCCUGCUCCGCGCACACAACAUGCAGGGCUUCCAGUUCAACGACAGUGACCAGUUCAAGGACCCGGACCUGUACUCGGACAAAUCGGACCGGGAGAACGAGCAGGAGCACGAGGAGUCGGACAACGAGGCGCUGGAGAAGAGCGAGGAGAGCGACAGCGACACGUCGGAGCGUCAGGACGACUCGUACGUGGACACGGAUCCCAACGAGGUGCUGCGUGAGACGCCCUACUUGGAGCAGAGCCAUGAGGAGCUGGGUGAGGCGGGCGAGGCGUCUCAGACCGAGACUGUGUCUGAGGAAAACAAGUCUUUGAUCUGGACCCUGCUGAAGCAGGUUCGACCGGGCAUGGACCUGUCCAAGGUGGUGCUGCCCACCUUCAUCCUGGAGCCGCGCUCCUUCCUGGACAAGCUCUCCGAUUACUACUACCAUGCAGACUUCCUGUCCGAGGCGGCGGUGGAGGAAAAUGCCUACAACAGGAUGAAGAAGGUGGUGAAGUGGUACAUCUCUGGCUUCUACAAAAAACCAAAGGGACUGAAGAAGCCGUAUAACCCCAUCAUCGGGGAGACCUACCGCUGUGUGUGGCUCCACCCCAACACCUCCAGCAAAACCUUCUACAUCUCUGAACAGGUAUCCCAUCAUCCUCCAGUGUCGGCCUUCUACGUGAGCAACAGGAAGGAUGGCUUCUGUCUCAGCGGCAGCAUCCUGGCCAAGUCAAAGUUCUACGGGAACUCCCUUUCUGCAAUCCUGGAUGGAGAGGCAAGACUCACAUUCCUCAACAGGGGAGAGGACUAUGUCAUGAACAUGCCCUAUGCCCACUGUAAAGGUAUCCUGUACGGCACGAUGACUCUAGAGUUAGGCGGACAGAUCACCAUCACCUGUGAGAAGACUGGCUACAGUGCCCAGCUGGAGUUCAAACUCAAGCCAUUCCUGGGCAGCAGUGACAGCGUCAACCAGAUCUCUGGGAAGAUCAAGCUGGGGAAGGAGGUGCUGGCCACUCUGGAGGGACACUGGGACAGUGAGAUCUUCAUCAACGAUAAGAAGACGGGGGAGAUGGAGACCUUCUGGAACCCCACCCCGGAGCUGCGGCAGAGCCGGCUGAUCCGCUGCACCGUCGCCCCUGAGGAGCAGGGCGAGUUUGAGUCCGAGAGGUUGUGGCAACAUGUGACGCGUGCCAUCAACAACAAGGACCAGACGGAGGCCACCAACGAGAAGUUCAUCCUGGAGGAGGCGCAGAGGAAGUCGGCGCGAGAGCGCAAGGCCAAGUGCGAGGAGUGGAACCCCGCUCUGUUCGAACAGGACUCCAUCACGGGAGAGUGGCACUACCGCUACGCAGAUACUCGGCCGUGGGAUCCGCUGAACGAUCUGAUUCAGUUUGAGAAAGACGGCUUGAUCCAGUCUAAAGUGCGCCACCGCACCCCUAUGGUACGUUCUGGCAGUGUUAUUAGUCUCAGUAACCAGGGGUCGCGGAGGGACAAUUGCAAGUGCCAGCAGGUGACGGGACCCAAGCGGAAGCUGAAGCAGGCUGAUAAGCCCAAGAGUCCAGAGAGCGGCUGCUCCUCCCCAGAGCCUGAUCGACAGGACUCCUCUGGCAGUGAGAGACACAAAAGCAAGCACAACAGCCGGUUAAGGAAAAAAGGAACAGACCUCAGUGAACUUCAAAGUGCCAUUGAAUCCAUAAAGCAGACGCAAGAGGAUAUCAACAGGAGUGUGAGCACGCUGCGUAGUCGGGCAGCAGGCCAUGGGGCGUCGGAGGGAGGCUUCCUCCAGCAGCGAGACUACCUUAUCAUCUUCUUCCUCAUCCUACUCCAGGUCUUCAUCAACUUCCUUUUCAAGUAACGGCGGCAAUGGACGCUUCAGUCUCUCCCUCUCUCACACGCACACACACACACACACACACACACACACACACACACACACACACACACACACACACACACACACACACACACACACACACUCCUGUACAUACACACAGAGCUGUGGUCACACAAGCGUCUGUCCCAAAUCCCGCACUCAUUCACACAUACUCUCACUUAAGACAGACUGCUACCAGGAGCAAGGAUGGAAGGAAGGAGAGAGAGAGGAGAGAAGAACGAUUAGUGUCUUACCUGGAAUACUUCUUUCCCUCUUUAUCUUUUUAUUUUGUCCUCCCUCCCUCCCUCCCUCCCUCCCUCCCUCCCUCCCUCUCUCCUGGCCAAUGUGGAGUGCGCAAUCCUUAUAUUCCUCAUACUUCUCUCUCUGUAGUUGUUAUGAGGUCAGAGAAGGAAACAAACUUAUUAUUUAUUGUUUUUUUUUUUUGUUGUUGUUUUUUUUAAUAAAUAAAUUAAUAAACAAAUCGUCAUCAACAUGGGAACACUCCACGCCUUUUCCAAAAGUUGCUCCCAGUGGAUGACCCCCUUAGCAUCUGGAGCACAUCUGACCAAUCAGAUCCCACCAGGAAAUGAACUGAACUGAGCUGGACUUCACUGUGGGUGGUUGGAUGUCUUUUUUAUUAUUAUUUAUCUCGUCUUGGACAUCACUCCAGUCUUUAUUACGGUUUCUCAUCACAGGAUCCACCGCAACAUCUGUUAAACACCAGGAUGCUUUUAUCUUUGGCUUCUUCCUUGGUUCUUUUAUUUUUUUAACACAUUGCUGAUUUUAAAAAAAGAAAACUUUAUUACGAUUAUUAUUACUUGAUUUGUUGUCAUGUAUAGUCUAUACUCUUAUUUGAUGUCUAAACUGCUUUAAAGGAAGAAAACCUUUAUAACGGAAAGUGAUUUUAAAAAAAAAUAAGAUUUUGUAUAAUGGGAAUUAAACAGCAAAAAAAAACAAAAGAGAAUAUCUUUUGGGAACAGCUUCAUUCACAACUUCAUCUCUUUGAGUAUCGUUUUGCAUUUUUUGUCUCACUCUGAAUGGGGGGAAAUGCUCAUUAUAUCUCAGCUGUAUGAAUAAGCAUGUACAGAAUGGAAACCUUUGCAUUACACACUUGCCCGUGCCGUUCUGAACCUUUAGUCCUCCUAGACAAUAGACACCUUGGGGAAAGAAAAAGAAGUGACUUUAAUUUUGUAGUAGAUGUUAUUCUCUUCCUGAGAAGAUGAUUAGACGUAAAGUGGAGAGCCAAAUACAGUAUAUAGACUAUAGAGAAAUAAGUCCUGAAGACUUCCUGUAAAUAUUACUUGAUUUGUUUUUUGUUUUUCGUAGCAGGUGUGUCUUGUUUUUAAUGUUUUUGUUUUAUUUUGUUUUAGAUUCAGAGCUCUGUCCGUCUCUGUCCUUCAUUAUCCAUGUGUCUUUGCUCAGUGGGCCUCUCUGUAUGUGUGUGUGUGUGUGUGUGUGUGUGUGUGUGUGUGUGUGUGUGUGUGUGUGUGUGUGUGUGUGUGUGUGUGUGUGUGUGUGUGUGUGUGUGUGUGUGUGUGUGUUUGUGUGUAUGCGCACGUGUGUGUGGGUCUGCGUGGGUUUGUACAUAAUGUGAGUGUGUGCACGUAGUCGCCUAUUUGUCUGCUUACUGCUUACUCUAUGUCAAAAUUAAGCCAGACGAUUUGAAUGUGGUCAUAAUCACUUUAACGACAAUUAACAGACAACAGUAAACAACUGUGCCUUUUAGCUGAGGUCCAAGAGUUUUGGGGGGUGGGGUUAGAGAUAUCACAUGGGGGAGUGGCUUAAGAAUGAAGGAGGAGCUUUUCUUUUCUUCCAUAAUAUGACUGGACGUGCCAUAACAAGCCUUAGAUGAGUGGUCCACUUGGCGACUGUGGCUCUCUGUCUGUCACUGACAAGUCUGUAGUGCUGCCCUGUGUGUGAGUCUAUAUGGCUGUGUGUGUGUGUGUGUGUGUUUCUGGAGCUGACUCCUGCCACUGAUGCCCUGGAGCUCUCUCUUUCUCUCUUCUCUCUCUCUCUCUCUCUCUCUCUCUCUCUCUCUCUCUCUCCAUAUCUCUCUUAAUCUAUAUCUUUCUUCUUCUCUUCUCCACUGUGGCACCAAACUAAGGGAACAACUAAUAUGUCGGCUUUGUCGUUCUCAUUUGAUGUAAAAGAGCAUUUUAUUUUUACUUUCUUUUUCUAUGUCACGUUUUUGCUUCUAGGGGUUAGUGCAACGCCUAUUUUUCCAGCACCAAUUUAUACACACAAGGUAAUUAUCUUAUUGUUCUGUGUCGUUCAUUGUCACAAAGGAGACUCUGAGAAUACGGAGCGACACCUCUCUCCCCACACAUCCGUAUUUAUUUGUAAUAAUAACCUGGGGAUGUGUUGUUGUCAUAUGUAACAUAUCACAAAAUUAAACAGUGACAUCCUUUA